UUAUUUUUCUCCACAACUGAAGACAUAAAGUUUAAGCGUUGCUCGAUAUCGAGUUUUGCUUGCCUUGCACGUAUCCGCGUCUUGGGCGUGUGAAGUCAACAACAGCCAACGCGCUACCACCUCCAUUGUCACACACUUUUGGUACAUAGUUGAACAUAAUGUUCGACGACUUGUCUUCACAGCCAGCAUGGCUUUCUGAAGAGGUGAAAACUGGGACGACCAUCAUAGCCAUUGGAUUUGAAGGUGGCGUAGUACUGGGUUCCGAUUCGAGAGUGUCUGCGGGGGCAUCUGUGGUGAAUCGGGUAAUGAAUAAGCUGUCUCCUCUCCAUGACAAGAUCUAUUGCGCUUUGUCUGGUUCUGCUGCUGAUGCCCAGACCAUCGCUGAGAUAGUCAACUACCAGCUGGAUGUGCACAGUGUUGAGGUGGGAGAGGACCCCUUGGUUCGUUCUGCUGCUACGCUCGUGAAGAACAUCUCGUACAAGUACAAAGAGGAACUGUCAGCACAUCUCAUUGUUGGUGGGUGGGACAGAAGAGGAGGAGGACAGGUCUAUGUGACUCUGAAUGGCUUGCUGUCCAAACAGCCCUUUGCCAUUGGUGGUUCAGGUAGCUCUUACAUCUAUGGGUUUGUGGAUGCUGAGUAUCGCAAGGGCAUGAGCCGCAGGGAAUGCCAGGAGUUUGUAGUGAAUGCACUCACCCUGGCAAUGAACAGAGAUGGCUCCAGUGGAGGUGUGGCUUACAUUGUCACUGUUGAUGAGAAUGGAGCUGAAGAGAAAUGCAUACUAGGCAAUGAACUGCCUACAUUUUUUGACCAGUAA